AUGGAUGAUGUAGUAUUUGUAUCUGAUUGUCAAGUUAAUUUACGUUUGAAGGCAUCCAAAACCGACAUUUUCCGUCAUGGAGUAAUCAUUAAACUAUUUAAAACUAAUAAUGAUAUUUGUCCAUAUGUACAGUUGUCAAAAUAUGUAACAUCCAGAAAAAUGAACGGUGCAACAGAUAAUGAUCCGCUAUUAGUUGACAGUAGUAAUUUAGCUUUACGCCGAUCGUUAUUUAUAGACAAAUUGAAAACAAUUCUAUUACACUUGGGUUUAAAUGCCGAUAAAUAUAGUGGACAUUCUUUCCGAAUAGGAGCAGCUACAACUUGUAGUUCUAAUGGUAUCCAAGAUCAUAUGAUUCAAACUUUAGGACGUUGGAAAUCUGACUGCUACAGUCGUUAUAUAAGAACAUCUGAAUUUGAUAUUCGUCAAGCUCUUUCGAAAAUGUGUAAAUAA